AUGGAAUUGAAUUUAUUUCUACGCGAAAACGAGACGUACGAUGACUUUUAUAGCCGUUGCAAUAAUUUGACUCAUUUUGAUUGUAGUGAAGAGGAAAUGUUGUGGUGGAUGAUGGGGUCUCGAAGAUUGCCAUUGACUGAGAUUGUGCCGAUUAGUAUAGUUUUGGUGGUAAUAUUCCUUACUGGAGUGAUAGGAAAUGUAUGCGUUUGUGUUGUGAUAGUCAGGAAUCCCGGACUACAUACAGCAACUAAUUAUUAUUUAUUCAGUCUUGCUGUUAGUGAUUUGUUAUUACUUUUAUUCGGUCUUCCUAACGAUUUGUCCGUGUACUGGCACCAAUAUCCGUAUAGUUUGGGUCUCGUGUUCUGCAAAUUACGAGCACUUAUAUCCGAAGCGGCAACUUAUGUGUCUGUGUUGACAAUAUCUGCGUUCUCAUUGGAGCGAUAUCUGGCUAUAUGUCACCCGCUGUAUUUGUACGCGAUGGCGGGAUUGACGCGAGCAUCACGGAUCAUCCUUAUCCUGUGGUUUAUCUCCUUCCUGUGCGCAUCACCGUUUGCUGUCUACAGCGAGAUCAGCUAUAGAGAUUAUCCACCAAAUUCAGGCAACAUGUCGCUGAAUUCCGCAUUCUGCGCGUUGAUGGCUCCGUCACCUCUUCUAGAACUAAGCAGUAUUUUCUUCUUCUUUGUUCCUGCUGUUCUUAUUCUCUGCCUUUAUGUGACUAUUGCGUUACACAUCAGGUCAACAAAGGUAACAAAAAAGUCAAAAAUUGGUCUUUUAAAUGGUCACGUGCACGGAGAAACAAAGCAAGCCAAAUCAAGAAAAGCGAUUAUCAGGAUGCUUGUUGCUGUUGUGGUAGCAUUCUUCGUGUGCUGGACGCCUUUCCACUUCCAGCGAUUGUUCUACAUCUACGGUUACGAUCUACCUCAGUUCCACGUUAUCAACGAACAUCUUUUCAACGUCGCCGGGGCUCUUUACUACGUGUCUGCUACUGUUAAUCCUAUUUUAUACAACGUUAUGAGUGCCAGGUACCGUACGGCGUUUCACGAGACAUUACUAUGUCGUAAACGAAAGCGAUUGGAUUCAAGAACAUUGGAUAACACAUGUCGAGACACUAUCGAAUUCUCUACUUAUAACAAAUCAAAGUAUAAGAAUCGUGACACACGAAAUAGCAUUGCUGUCAACAAAGUAGAUUUUAUAAAAGAACCGUCGCCAUUUUGUGUCAGUGAAGCGAUCAAGGUCGCUGAAACGGCCGCUUACUUCUUUAGUAAAGAUGAGAAGAGAGUCAACUUGAAUGGUGAAACAAUCAAUGAAUUUAAUUGA